GCUGUGGGGCCAUCCUGCCUCCCGCGCCUAAUGUCGCAGUCCACGCACUAGCACCUUCUCGCCCCACUCCUUAGGCGCCAACCAGCCAGCAGCAGCCACGUGUUGUCGCUCCACCGUGCCACGCGUCCACAGCAGGCGCCAUGGCUCAGCCGCUCUCUCUUUGCCGUCCAGCGCCCUUUCUCGGGGCGCCCGCGUCGCUAUCCCUGUCGCUAUCGGCGCGCUGUGCGCUCGUCCCACGCGGUGCUGCCGUAGGCCGGCUCUCCGCUGUGAGCACUGCUGCUUUUAGGGCGCCGGCAGCGAGAAACGCGCGACGAUGGGGAGUCGUUACUGCCUCCGCGGGCACGGAGGAGGCGGAGGUGGCGGCGGCGGUGGCGGUGCUGGCGGAGGCGGCGCGCAGCAAGCAGGUGAAGGGCGAGGCGGUGUUCGCGGCGCUGCGGCGGCUGGAGACGCGCAAGGUGGGCGCGGAGGAGAGCAAGGAGUGGCUGGCGGCGCUGGGAGGGGCGGCGUCGCCUGGACGCAUGUGGCAGCUCGUGUUCACCGCUGGCAGCGGCGAGGUGCGCAAGGCCAUGAAGGGCGGCGAGGGGUCGGGCUCCUACUUCCCCAUUGCUGCGGUGCAGCGCUUCGACGCGCAAGCGAUGGAGAUAGAGAACGGGGUGUUCCUGGGGCCGGUGGGGCACCUGACGUUCCGCGGCCCCAUGGGCUUCACCAACCGCCGCCUCGCCUUCACCUUCCACACGCUCUCACUCAAACUCGGGCCCCUGCCGCCCAUCCAGUGGGCGAUAGGCAAGGAGGAGGACAAGGGGCGCGUGCCGGGCGAGGGCAAGGCGGGCGCCAAGGACCCCUUCUUCACGUGGUUCUAUGUGGACGACAAAGUGGCGGCUGCCAGGGGGAGGGGAGGGGGCUCUGCCUUCUGGGUGCGCUACACCGGCCCGUACAAGCAAUGAUGCACCCGCCUUGCCACAAUGAUUAUUGCUUGGAAGAAAGUGGUUAUGUUAUUUGCUCUUACGGCCCAGAGAAGAAUCUGGUUUGUGUUCUUAUACCACAUUGUAUUCUGUAAAUUUACAAGUUCAGUACAUCUAUUGUUGAUUUUGUCG